GGAAACGAGUGGUAUCGUGUUCUCCGAAGAAGAAGAUAACGCAUAACUUUUUUAAGUUGUUUUCACGGAAAUAAGAUAAAUGCUAAGAUAAACUUAGCAAGCGAGAGGAGGGUCGACCGUGAAAGUUUUUAUGAAGCGCAUUUAAACAGUUGUCGUACUCACGACUAUACUUCAACGAGCACUCUGUGUGAAUAUAACUUGUCGAGGUCCUGGAACUCAUUCUUGUCCAAUCCUAUUUUUACGUUUUUAUCGUCGACGUAGUGAUUUACUGCUUCGAAAGCGUACUUGCGGCUUACAACAGAAUAAUAACUUUGGGUUAUUGGCGUUUUAGUAUUGAAGGCAGAGUACAAGUCGACGGUUGCUGUUCGUUCGUUCACCUUUCCACUGUAAAUGCACUUUGGUUGUAUUACUAUGCAUUAUGUCCACGUGCUUUGAUAAUGUGCACUAUCACGCGUCGAUUAAUUAGUUUGAAUUCGCGAAGCUGCUGUCGCAGAAACGGGGCUCGUUUCGUUCUCCCAUAGCUGUUGCAGUGUAAUCUUAUCGCAUUAGAGGCCGGACAUAGGAAGGGCAUUAAAUUUGAACGAUCGUGAAACGGUGCGGCGCGGCGGCCAGAACGAACGCGCCUGAAACCGGUCGCCCGUCCGUAAAUAAUGGAUUAGAGAGGGGGGAGGGACGCGGAGGGGGCGGCGGCGCACGCAACGGCUGCGCGCGCGGACGUAGGGGGGCGCCUCCCGUCAGCUGUUGCGCGCCCGGACCGCGCGCACACUGCCGCCAAUGCAUCGGCGAACACAGCGCGUGCCGCCCGUCCUGCUGCUCGCGCGUACCGUGCUCACAGUGACAUAGUGUAGUGCGGCGACGACCCGAUCUGUGUGCCCUACUAACCAGUGAUGGUGUUUUGUGUGUGAGAAUGCCCAGGAUGUGCAGUGCGCGUGCUGCAGCGCGGAGCUGACCGUGGACCGAGAGAUGAGAAGUUAUGUUACACCGACCGAGGUGAUUAUCCCCGACCUCGGCCCUAAAAACACCAUGCAUGUGGGAACGCCACGGGAGCUUUGGCAUGUCGUGCCCGUUUCACUGCUUUAUCUCCACGAAUGCCUAAUUUUGGUGGCGUGGCGGUGCUGAGUCCGACGGAAAGUGGCGGGUGCAGCGGUAGCGACAUCACAGAGCCGCGCUCGCCGCGCAGUCCCGAGUCGGCGUGUAGCACCGCAGAAGAAGGCGCGGGCGCGCGCAUGCCGCCGUGGGCGAGCGACCCGGCGCCGCCGGCACCACCACCGCGACGCCUCGCGGCACAACCGGUGCCCCUCCGGCGACCCAACCCCCUCGUGCAUCGUCGAAUCACGGAAUAUUUUAAUCAUAAAAUGAAGCCUCAAAACGGCCUCAAGCGUGAUGCCAGCGUGCUCGCCAACGACGACACCAAGAAAAAGUGCCUACCCAAGAACGGCGUCACGCACGACUGGGAAAAAUAUAUAUCUUAUUUAUCGCAGACGCUUAGUCCGAAAGUUUUAAUGGACGUAGAAAAGCAAACCGAAGUUGCAUCCAAACACCCAGCUCAUUCCGCAAACGGAUUGCUGAAUACAAAAUCGGAAGCUAAGAAACCAUCAUGUAAAACAAAAACCAACGGCUUAAUAAGUUUUGGGAAUUCUAAGCACAUAAAUGAAAAAGUUUCAACAUCCAUGAAUGGUUUUGUAGAAAUGAGGCAUAGCGUAUCAGACCAAUUUAGCAAAGAAAAGCUACCAGGUAUUCUUAACGGGCUGUUGGACGGGAAACAAAAAAAUAACGAGUUAAAAAAUUGCGUUGGUCCAUCCACCAAUGGGAUCGUAAAGAUAACUAAACUUACAUCAAAUGAAAGCAAACGAAAACUUGCAACAACAUCAAGUGAACCGCCAAAAAUCAGAAGAGCCCCCGCAACUUCGGCCGCUCAAACCAAAAAGAAGCAGAUGCACUCUAAGCUCGAGCCUAAAGUUAAUGGGAUCGUUAGCUCCACCACCAGCACCAGGUUGGAUAGUAGUAUGAACGGAGUAACUUGUGGCUCAAAUAAUCUUAGUCUUAAUCCUGUUACAUCGAAGACCACACCGAACAAGAAGGAAACGCCUAAGAAAACUCCACAAGUUACAAGAAGAAGUAACCGGAAGUCAUCUGCUUGUAUUGCGAAUAGUAAAAAUCUUACGUGGUCCAAAGCGAAUAACCUAAAACAAGUACAAAAACAGAAAUGUGCAAACUCACCGCAAAAUUCUCCCAUUAAGAGUAGUCCGGCAGAUUCAAGCAAUGCUAAUAAUUUAAAUAAUAUUCCACUGAAACCAAAUAUUCCAAAUGGUGUUCGACAAGUUUCUAUGACAAUGAAUGGGCCCCUUGGUAGUUUAAACGUACCUGUCAACAAUUUGCAGAAUUGCCACCCGCUUAAUAUCCAACAACCGUGUAAUGGAUCUGUUACUACGAAUAAUCUAGCAUCGUUUGUCGCUGUUCCGCAAAAUAUGAUGUUAACAACAUUGAGGAUACCGCCGAACGGACUGACUGCUCCGUCUAUAGGUCAACAAAAUGGUAUAAGUGCCUUCAAUAGGCCUAAUGUAAACGUACAAAGUCCUACUAAAUUAAACAGUCAGUUUGUAUUUCCUCUAAUGCAGAACCUAAACGGUACCGUAGUUCAGCUACCAAAUUUAAUGACAAAAAUGCCGAAUUUUAUGCUCCAACAAGCAUCUCAACUAGCGAUGCAGAGGCAGGAUCAUCUGCAGAAUCAGCAGUCACCGCAGAUUCUCGUAAACGGUACACUAUUAAAACUUGGAAACACAAUGACUUCAGCAUAUCCCAAUAUGAACAAACCUACAUCGGUCACAAACACUAUACCGAUGUUAAAUAAAACGGUUCCUGGUCUACAGACGGUCAGUGUGCCAGUACAUUCUAAACCUAAUUAUGCUGUUAAUUUUAGUCAUCCUGUUUUAAUGCCACAACCAGGAUUCAUUAUGACUUCGGUGCCAAACAUGAAUGUUAAAGAGACUUGGAGCUACACCGGCACGAAUACUGUGUCUUCCUCUCAAAUUUCGUGUUCCAGUACAAUAAUGAACCAUCCACCAACUGUCAUCGCAAAUUAUGCCACGCAGGCACUUCAUUCGAGUAGUAUACCCAUUGCUCCUGUUAAACCACCCGAUAAUCCUAUACAAGGAACAGAUCCACCUAGUAGUACAGUCCUAGAGUCGGACCUGUUUGAAAAAACAAAGAAGAAAUGUGACAUCCCGUGGCUUUCUAAAACUGUUAACAACAAUAUAUUUUCGUUAGACACCAAUAAAAUAUCAUCGAGGCCUUUUGCAGAAGUUGGUAAUUUGUCGGAAAAAUUAGAGGAAUUAGCGGCAGUGAAAAUAAAAGAUGAAUGUUAUUUUAAUAUAGAUAAGAGUAUUAAACGUGAAGAUAAAAGGCAAGAAAUUAGGAAAGGGUAUUCUGAGGAGUUAAGGAAAGUGGAAGAAGUCGCAAGACGUGAAGAGACUAUCUUCACACAGAUUACUGUUCUAAAGGAUGUUUCGUCCAACGUCCAAAAUACUGUGAUAGAAGCCAACUUCUGUGGCUCUACUACCGAGUCCGAGUCGGGUAUAAGUACGGACAAGUCUAUAGACUCACCGAGCGACUCGCAGACGAGUAAGGAAUGUGACGAGGACUCGGCUUUAUCUUUAAGCAUAAGUCUGUGUUCAGUAGAUAUUCAAAGCCAAAAGAGUCCGAUACUUAAACAGCCGAAAACGUUGAGGUUUCCGCCUAAAAGUCAUUUGUCGAAGCCAGGCGGCAACAACAAAAGGAAGUCCAGUACAGAUACAACCUCCACUGUUUUGCUUUGUCUUUGGGAAGACUGUAAGAAGGAAUUCGAAAACGAUCCUGAUUUAUUAGAUCACAUACAGAAUGCUCACGUGGAAACUCAAGCAGGAAGGGAGAACUACGUAUGCCUGUGGAGUCAAUGCAAGGUCAGAGGGAAGCCGUCUUGUUCGAGGCUCUGGUUGGAGCGGCACGCGCUCUCACAUGGAGGGAACAAACCAUUCAAGUGCAUCGUCGAUGGAUGCGAACGCCGAUUCUCCACGCAGAUAUUAUUGGAACGCCACGUGAACAACCAUUUUAAUGAGGGUACGAGUAGUGGAGGCAGUAGUAAGAAGACAUCCGAGUCUGGAGGCAAGCUGAUCAGGCGAAACGGGAAGAAGCUGAGGUAUCGGCGGCAGCCGUGGUCUGCCCGCAUGUUCGAUUUCUUCGACGCCGGCACUAUGGAGGGUCUGGUCUGGCGGCUGAUGCGCUGCACGCGGUGGCGGCUGGGCGGCGCGUGUCCUCUGCGCGAGCCACGGGGGCGCCACACGCUGACGCUGCACGCCGCGCUCGCCGCCACGCGGUACAACGCCGCGACGCACACGCGGGAAGCGCUCGUCUCCUACUACCCGCCGCACGUGCUAGAAGACGAGUGGGUGCCGGAGAAGGACGUCGAGAGGAUAAAGCGCGUCGAGAUCUCCCAGCUGCCGGUUCACACGAAGGUGAUGCUAUACGAACAGUUCUGCUCGUCGUACAAGAAGGCGACGUCUCCUCCUCCCCCACCCCGGACGCCCGCGCGCCGCCCUCUGCCGCCCGCCCCUCCCCUCCCCUCGCGAACGCUCCCCGCCAGACACUGCACCUCCUCGCGCCUCCUCAACAACCUGAUCGCGAAGCAGAGGAGGAACGCCGACAUGCGGAACGAAUGCAGCGCCACCAACCUUCCCAUGCUGUACAAAGAAGAGGAGAAGGAGAAAGUCGAAGUGACCGGCGCGAAGAAACGGAAGCUCGGUCGGCGGUACGGCGGGAACGCCUUCUGGCCGAGCGGACGAUAAUCCACGACUCGCGUCGCCCGGACUCUAGUGAGCGACGCGGAGGAUCGAUGUUCAUCGUUUAGUUAAUAUUAUUUGGUACGUAAGACGCUAGAGUUUCGUUUAGUGCAGACCGUACCUCUGCACGUGUGUCGGUAGGACGCUGGACGCGGACUCUGCGUCGCUCGCUCCACAGCUUACAGUUAGGUAGUACUAAUGUAGACCGCGCGCCGGGCGGACCACGCGUCCCCGUAGGAAAAUUAUCGCCAAAGAUUGUUCGAGAACCCGUAGAGGUACGUAAGCUGCUCGCGCGGAGCAGACGUAAAUUAUUCACAAGACUGAUGCUUACUUUUUUAUAUUGAUAUUUGAACGGUUCAAGGUUCGAGCCUUAGCGCCGCGACGAGGGCGCCGCGAUCAAACGUGUGUACAUAGUUAGUUGGAAGCGUACGGACGGGUGCAGGCCCGUUGUACAUAGACGAUGUAGUGGUCCGCGCCCCGCCCGGGGAGUGGCCAGGUAGUCUGAAUAUAUAGGUUAGCUUAAGUAAGUGACGACCAGCGAUACGAAUCACUGCCAGAUUUGUAAAUAGUUUUAGUGUUAAUGUAAAGGUAAUUAUUAAUUUGGCUUUCUAUUACUUGCGUUGUGUUCGGCGCGAUGGUUGGGGUGACUCGUCAGCCCCGCUUGAGGUGCCAAGUUUAGAUGUCCAUCGUCGUGGUCACGAACGCUCAGCGACGAAGUCGUUUCGGUUGUAAGCGCGCGUAUUCAUGGUUCACCAAGUGCCUGACUGAGCACAUGUCGAUAGUUACGUGUUCAUUGCGCGUCGAGACCCGCACGCCGGAUUCGAUUAUGUUUCAUUGUAAACGUUGUAUAACCCGUCUUAAUAUUCCGGAAAGUUUAUUUAAAAUAUUUUGGUGACGUUUUCUGUCUGUGUGUAAAUUUUAUUUCAUGUAAUGACGAAACCGCCUCGGAGCUGUGUUUAGUGACGUCCAUAGUUCUCGCGCGUUUCCGCUGAGUCGACUGACUAAUUUUUCCUCACGAUCCGAAAGUGUUCACAGAAUCCGAUAGUUUUAAAGUAACGUAGAACUUAGAUGUAGUCGUCGACUUGGCACAGAGCGCCGGGGGAGCUCGAUACGACAAUAAAUGUUUAAUUUUAAUAGUCGAUGUUCGCGUUCGACUCUGUGGAAACGCGCACGGAGCCUCGGGAUUAUGUACCGUUAGCAAUAACAAAUAUUUGUGAUAAGCGAAAUUAAUUAAUUUACACGUGUUGACCGGUUCGAUUCUGCGCACAAACAUUAUAUUAAUCGUCAUACGUUUAUUAUAUAUAGCGGCGUACAAAAAUAUAGAUUUUGUAAUUUUUCGUAACGAAUGUCACGGAGACAUCUAAUUGUUUGUAUGUCUAUGGUCUAAUGGUUAAAACGAUUUUGAUAUUCGAUUUGUGUUGUAGUUGUUUUAAGAAAUAGUGUUGUAGCGAAAUCAAUCGAGAAGUUUAUCGAUGUACGAUUCCCGAAAACCGACAGGUGGCGCUGCUGAUUUGAAAAAUGUUUACAUUGCGCGCUCACCGAAUGCGAAGUAACUUGAACGGAAAUUGUUUAGAAUUGAAGUAAAAAACUGGGGCUCAGAAAUAAUUAGUUUGAAUUUGUUCUAAUGAUCGAAUUUUCAGAAAGAAGAGACAUUGCAACGUAAAAUCGAUUACCUUGUUAGUUUAGGCCUUGAUGACCUUCAGGUCUUUAGGGUCUCUGAUUUUCUUCCCGGUCAGAGUCGAUAUCAUUGUUAGAUUCGGUCCCCGUAACACAAGAGAAAAUUCUGGCCUUGGGGCCUUCCAAUUUGAUUACCACCCAUCGAUGCUUCGCGACAAAAUUCAACAUGAAGGUGGCACUUGUUCUACCACCACUAAUAUACGUACAUACAAAAACACGACCUGUAUAUGUAUAUAGGGGUGUGUUUUUUCUGUAAAAUAAAAAUCGAAUAUCAAAAUUGGAAUCGAUAUUUUGCAAUGUAACUUUAAUUGUCGACAUCGCAUCACAGUAAUCGUGUCGAGGUCGAAUAGGGGGGUCCGUCUCCCCUGCGACCCCACCCUACGCCCACACGGGGGACGCGUGGUUACUGUGACCCGUGUCGGUAUCGUCUCACAAAAAUGUUAACGAAAGCAAUAUUAAUUAAUAAUUACUCGCGUGGACUCAAAAAGGCGCGUCGGACGAAAUCAUAGAUAUACGAAGGUUUAGAAAUGAAUCGUUGCGACUUACAGAAAUGUAUUCAAAGCGAAACGUGUGUUGUUAAUAUUUCAAGUACAUUCGAAAUGUGAUACUGUUAUUUGAAUUAUUAAAAAGGGAAUAUGUAAAUAAAUAAAUGUAUAUGUAUAAAUAAAAUAAAUAAAUAUAUUAUUUUUGAAUUCGACUGCGCCUUUUGCGUCCACGGAGUUUAGUUUUACACCAAUAAUCGUAAUCGUCUGGUACAGUGUUUAGAUUAUAUGGGAAAAGACUUUUUGAUGCCUCUAUACAGAUGUUGACAGAUUAUAGUAACAAUGCCUUUUUAGCGUUUUAAGGGUUUAUAUUUAUGAUAUACAAGUCGAAUGUCAUAUUUGUGUUCCGUGCUCACGAGAUCUCGCUAGUAAUGUUUAGUUAGUGCCUGUAGCGUUAAGUUAGAAUGAAUUGUGUCCGGUGGUCACGGCGAGACACCGCACUCCGCAGACGUUCGCUUUUCGAGAAUGGAGAUUCUGUUAGAUUCAUUAUUCUUCUCUUUUUUUUAGUUUAAAAACAGUGUAGUUUGACGAGUGUAAUAUAGAGGGAGCCUUAGGCGAGUGUAGAACACGUCAGCUGGUAGGAGUAAGGGAUUGGCUUGAGGGAUGCUGUUAGAAGGGUUGCCAAACGUGUAGGGCUGCGCUGUGUUCUCGGUGCGCGUAAUGUAAAUUUUUGUAAAAAUAAAUAGUACACAAAUACAAUUAGUUUAAUUUUCAGUUAAAUGUAAAUGUAUUUUUUUUUGCAACACUGAACAUUUUUUGUUCAUGUCAAUCCAUGAUAUCAAUCACUUUGUAAAGAUCAGUAACCUUUCGAGUGAUCCUUAAUGAGCGUUUCAUCAAAAUGAGCUAAUUUAAUGUAGAAAAUGUAAUUUAUGUGAAGUAAAUGUUGGCAACCCUAGAGAAUUGUUCGAGAGCAUUAUUGCGACGGCUCACUUGGCUCUGUUCAAAGUUGCAUCGGCUGUCUUGCUCUGUUAUUAAGGGAGGGAGAGAGAUAGAUAGUUUUGAAAUGAAAAGUUAGGAAAUUUUGUCUCGUAGUCAAGCUGGUGCCUGAUCGGAUGUUUGUUGUGGGAUUCGUAUGCUGUACAGAGUGAGGAUAGGAGCAGAUUGUCCGGCUUCCUAUUUUAGAAAAUAACCCGAGGUUAAACAAACUGCAGUAUAUACUUUACAUUCAAGGGGGGUAAAGGAAAAUAACACUUGAUUAGUUGUUCCUCCAACGCAGUUAGGAUUUCCUUCUUGGAAAGUAUCGCAAUGUACUGAUUAUUAUUUUAAUUAAAUUUAAAGAAAUUUAGUUUAAUUUUUAACAGCACUGACGGUAGUGCCAUAUUUUAUUGGCUCGCUUAAUUAGUUUUUUUUUUUUGUUUAAAUAAAUUAUUUUUCAUAGCGAAAUUCGACACCAAAUUCGUAAAGACAACAUUUCGUAUUUGUUCAUCCACGUCAUACAUAGAAUGGACUUGAAUAUUUGAUCUCAGUUAAUUCGGCAGUGCUUGGAUCGGAGGGCAUGCUCGGGGGGGAAGAGAGGGGGGUUGGGGUCGUUGCGGGGGAUCCGACAUUAGUUACUCUCAGAACGCCUCGUCCGGUGCGAGCGAUUAGCGGAUCAACGUUUUAGUUUUAGAUUUUAGUGGGUUUUUUGAUAACGAAUUGAAUUAAAUGAACAAUAUUUUGUGAAAACGGUCUACAACGUGGAAUUAUUGAAAGCAUUUUGAUAGUAUUCUUAAGAUCGAGAAUAAAAAUAAAAAAGAUAUAUUUUUGUCACUGCCUCCAGUAAUAGUAGUGUUACGGUUGUGUCGUGUGCAAGGAAUGUUUGUUGAAACGUCUAGAAGCGUUGCCUUGCGUAUGACGGCGCCGCAGGGAGCAAAACAUUCGAUUUUAACAGUUCUCGAUAUCUUUUACGUUUUGUUGAGUACAUCCGAUCCGCGUUUCGAUACGAGAGCGGCUCGGGCUUUGGUGACGGGACGCCAGACAUUUUACAGUAUUACCAGUUGAAUAUGACGCUACUUAGUUGGCCGGCUUGGCGUGUGUUUAAAUCGGCAAAAUUAAAAUUGACGUAUUUUAUUCACAAUAUUUGAAGAUAUUCGUCAAUUGCAAAUGGCCCGGUUAACUUGGGUGUCCAGAAUUUUAAAUAAUAAAAUUUAAAUUUUUCCGUACUUGUCGCCGCAAUGUAAUACAAAUACCGACCGCACGUUUACAUUGCCGGUUUUUUUUUUUUUUGGGAAAAAUUAUUAAGUACUUGUAGGAACAUUCUAAUCACACAUACGAAUUGUUAACAAGUUUAUCUUUAUAUAGUUUGUGUAUAUGACAAAGGCCAACUAAGAUAGCGCAUAUUGGAAGUCGACGGUCUCGGAGUUUUGAAUUGUCGAGGCCAUCCACAGAAAGAGAGAUAGUCGGGAAUGUAUAUAGUAAAGUAUUUAUUAAGUAUCAGGCUGCAUACUGUAAGAUGUUUCGCGAGUCCACACAUUGGGGGCCUCUAGUACGCUAGCGCGCGUCAUUUUCCUAAACGAAUGCGUUUAUUAUAUGAAUGUCUUUAUUGUAAAUGUUUGACGAGAACAUUGCACUCUAUUUUAAGAUGUUAUGCGUCCCCUAUAGUGUGCAUUGAUUAUAUUCAAUUUUGUAGAUAUUUAAUUAUAUAUAGUAUAAUGUUUAAAUGCGUUGUCUUAUUUGCUUAUACCCCUUUAAGGAACACGAAAAAAAAAACUUUUUUUUUUUUUGUUUUGUUUAAAUGUAAUAUUUUGUACCCAAACUGAAGAUGGGUGGAUCUACCUCAAUUAUUUUAUCACACACAAUUUCGGGCACGUUAAUAGUGAAUGUUUAAUUUAAUGUGGAAAUUUGAAUUUUUUGUUCGUUUUAGUUAAUUUUCAUAGUGACGAGAAUGAAUUUGUCCUGUCUCAAGUACUGUAACUUAUAUUAAAUACAUAUUGU